GCGUCUCUCGUGGCAGUGAUGGCACUCGCCGCCGCCCGUCGCAACACUGUCUACGAGUUCGAAACCGACGACCAGACCCAGGAGCAGGAGGGUCACCCAGGCAGCAGCGUCCGCGGCUCCUACAGCUGGAUGUCACCGACGGGCGUCAUAUUCACCGUCGAGUACGUGGCCGACGAGCUGGGCUUCCGUGUCACCAAGUCCAACGCCGUCCCUCUUACCCAUGGCGGCGUGGCGGCUGACGGUAACCAGGGAUCUUUUGUGCCUCAGACCCACAAUUCUUACCGGUACUUGUAGGAGGAGCUGUCGAGCGGCCGUUAGGAUUCCUUUUCUCGUUGUUGUAGGGCUGACAGGACUCCUGACUCAUAAAGUAUCAUAGGAUCCUCUGGUGAAAGCUGCCAAGACCUCUCCCACAUCCUACAGGAACUAUUAGCCUCCUCAGGUCCUGACGUCAUCUCUGACUGACAUCGGACUGUAUGGACGAGUGUGACGUCACUUCUGUCUUUGAAUUACAGUAUAGGAACGACUGUAUUAUUUUAUAUUAUAGGAUUUAUUAUAUCAAUUAAUCAUUAUAUUGUUUUGUUGACAAUAAUGAUCCAUUGUUUGUUUGUUGGAGUUUUUGUUAAUAUUUUCCGAUCA